GAUCAAUAUGAAUAUGGCAACGUCCACCCAGUUGUCUUCAAUCCUCUCUCCAUUUUUGUGGUCUCUUAGCACGGCAAUCGUUGUAGAAAGCCUACACUAUGACCGCCCCGACGACAACCAGCACUGCUCCUAAGGAGCCAAUUCAGUCUGUCCAGGUUUUCGGCCGAAAGAAAACCGCCACGGCUGUUGCAUACUGCAAGCGUGGACAUGGGCUCAUUAAAGUCAAUGGAAGGCCGCUUUCCAUCAUCGAGCCUCGCCUGCUCCAGUACAAACUCUACGAACCCAUCUUACUGUUGGGCAAGGACCGAUUUGCUGGUGUCGACAUUAGGAUCAGAGUAAGUGGUGGUGGUCACGUUGCCCAAGUGUAUGCCAUCAGGCAAGCAAUUGCCAAGUCCCUGGUUGCCUACUACCAGAAAUAUGUGGACGAAGCCUCCAAACAGGAGAUCAAGGACAUCCUCAUCAAUUAUGACCGCAGUCUGUUGGUAUCUGACCCUCGUCGCUGCGAAGCCAAGAAGUUCGGUGGUCCAGGUGCCCGCGCCAGAUACCAGAAAUCUUACCGAUAAACUUGUUCGCUGUUUCCCAGAGAGCUGGUCUGUUGUGUCUUGUUGUGUGGAAAAGAAUAAUACGACAAGCCAAGAUUUCA